UCGUUUUCGUUUCCCGGAAGGAAAGCGAUUACCGGAGCGCCUCGCGUCUGCUAGUCCGGGGUCCCGAGCUCACACGCCCAGGCGCUUCUCCAGAGAUUGCCACCCACGCGACCUUCCAGUUCUUGGGGCCAAGUGAGGGGUUUGGGGAGGAGGGUUCAGGAGCGCAGGCCUAGGGCCCCGGCAGACGCAGCCCGGGAGCGCUCACGACAGAAAGGCGGUGGCUCCCUCACCUCCACCUGUAAUGCAGGAGGGAGCAUUGGCCAGUUCUCCUGUGAGCCCAAUGGCAGCCAUGCCACCCCCAGGAACCCAGAUCCAAGCCCGAUGUGAAGCUCGAGUGAACCUGCUGGGUCAGGGGGGGAUCUGCAAGCUGCCAGGGAGACUCCGCCUCCAGCCCGCGCUCUGGAGCAGAGAGGACGUGCUGCACUGGCUGCGCUGGGCGGAGCGGGAGUACUGUCUGCGGCGCACCCGGGAGCACGGCUUCGAGAUGAACGGCCGCGCCCUGUGCAUCCUCACCAAGGACGACUUCCGGCACCGCGCGCCCGGCUCAGGUGAUGUCCUGUAUGAGCUGCUCCAGUACAUCAAGACCCAACGGCGAGCCCUGGUAUGUGGGCCUUUUUCUGGAGGGGGCUUCAGGUGGAAGAUGCCCACCCAGCACUCUCCCAGCCCCCUGGAAGACUGCCGGCUGCUGUGGGAUUAUGUGUACCAGCUGCUCCUUGACACCAGGUACAAGCCCUACAUCAGGUGGGAAGACAAGGACGCCAAGAUCUUUCGAGUUGUGGAUCCAAAUGGUCUCGCCAGACUCUGGGGAAAUCACAAGAACCGGUUGAACAUGACCUAUGAGAAGAUGUCCCGUGCUCUGCGCCACUAUUAUAAGCUCAACAUCAUUAAGAAGGAACCAGGACAGAAGCUCCUAUUCAGAUUUCUAAAGACUCCGGGAAAGAUGGUCCAGGACAAGGACAGCCGCCUGGAGCAGCUCGAGAGCCAGGAGCAGGACAGAAUGGAUUUCAAUGACAAGAUGCUUGAAGUCUCUCCAUGAGGGGCUGGUGGACUCCAGGCACUUGGCACCCAUGAGGCAGAGACUGAGUCUCCCAUGAGGCAGCCUUCUCCCUCCUCCCAAGGAAGCAGGGAUCCCCAGCCAGAUUUUGUAUUCGUGAAAUCACAGUUGUUGUCUUGGGCCUUGAAGCUGCUUAGGAGGGCUGAGAGCUGG